GGCAAGAGACAAGGCAGACAAAGGUUUAUUUGUAAAGAACCUCCUUCUAGCACCUCCUUUUUUCUCCUUUUGCCCAAACGCACCCAGUGAAUUGGAGCAUUUAAGAAGAUUCCUCUGCCAAGAAGACCAAAAGGAACAGAGAAGAAAGGGAGCUGAAAACUGAUGACCAUACAAAAACUGGUCCAUGGAUCUUUACAGCAGCUUUAUUCAUAAUUGCCAAAAAUUGGAAGCAGCCAAGAUUUCCUUGAGGCAAAAAGCCAAAAUGAAAUUUAUAGUACUUGCUGUCACUGUUGGGCUAACUUUGCUGCUAGGAGUCCAUGCCAUGCCUGCCAAUCGCCUCUCUUGCUACAGAAAGACGCUAAAAGAUCGCAACUGUCACAACCUUCCGGAGGGAGUAAAUGACCUGACAAAGAUCGAUGAAAAUGUCCAGGAUCACUUCUGGGAUGGGAAGGGAUGUGAAAUGAUCUGUUACUGCAACUUCAGCGAAUUGCUCUGCUGCCCAAAAGAUAUCUUCUUUGGACCAAAGAUCUCUUUUGUGAUUCCUUGCAACAAUCAUUGAGAAUCUUCAUAUAUUCCAGGGAACAUCAUCUCUCAUUUCCCACAAAUUGCAAUAUGUUGACAUAACUAUAUUUCAAGUUUCUGUCCAGUGCAAUAAAGCAGAUUCCAUAAAUUCCUACUUGUCUAAGACAGUAAACUUGUGUUAAGUAUAAGUAGUAAUAAAAAUUAAUUCAAUUUAAA